UAAGGCGCUAUAUAAUUUUGUUGAAAAUACUCGCUAUAUAGCUCGCUAUUUCUAUAGUUGCAAGGAUCUGCCCUCUUUUCCACUUUCAUUCUCAAUCAGACUUUGAAGCAAGAAGAUGGCUGAAGCGCUGGUUAACGUUCUCCUUGAGCGUUUGGCUACAAUCACCUUUGACAAGGUUGGAGAAGAGUUCAGACUGGUCACUGGUGUUGAGAAAGAAGUCAUGUGCCUCACCCGCAAUCUGGAAGCCAUAAGAGCUGUGUUGGAGGAUGCAGAGCAGAGGCAAGUGACGCAGGCCACAGUGAGACGUUGGCUUAGUGAACUGACUGAAGUUUCCUUAGAAAUGGAUGACGUGUUGGAUGAGUGGAUCACUGAAGUUCUCAAGCGCCAAAUGGAGAGACAAGAACAAGAAGAUGGAAGGGCUCUCAAUGAUGUUGCAACUAAGAAGAAGGUAUGCUUCCCCUGCCUUUCCUCUUGCUUUUGUUUCGGCCAAGCCAAUCAGUUAUUGCUUCGUCGUGAUAUUUCUGUGAGGAUCAAAGAGCUUAAUGAAAGAAUAGAUUUGAUUGGUAAGGAAAAGGAAAGUUUCACCUUUCAAAGCACCACAAGGGUAGCCGAACUUCCUCGACGACCAAAAUCUACUUCUCUUCCCAAUGUCAAAACAUUCGGUCGAGAUAACGAAAAAAACCUCAUAGUUAGCAAGCUGCUAAGUGAGGGCAGUCAAGAAAAAGAGGUUCCUCUAAUCAUCCCUAUAGUAGGGAUGGGGGGAAUGGGGAAAACAACUCUUGCCCAACUUGUCUAUAAUGAUGAAAAUGUUAAAUCUCAUUAUGACAAGAGAAUAUGGGUCUGUGUCUCAGAUCCAUUCGAAGAGAGCAAAGUAGCAAGAGCUAUCAUUGAAGAACUAGAUAGAAAUAAUAGCUCAAAAAAUUCAGAUGAGUUGCAAACUCUAAUGCAGUGCAUAUAUGAAUUGCUUGAGGGUAAAAGGUUUCUACUUGUUUUAGACGAUGUGUGGAGUCCAACACUUACUCAAUGGGAAGAAUUGAUCAAACCUUUACGUAAUGGUGCUAUAGGCAGUAGAGUAUUGGUGACCACUCGAAAGGAGGAGAUUGUUGUUUUGAUGAAAGCAACAACUCAAAUGAUCUCGUUGAAGAAGUUAGGGGAAGCAUUUUGUUUGUCACUGUUCUAUUACAGUGCAGAUGUGGACGAGAGCAGGGUGUCUAAAGAGUUUCUAGACGUCGGGUUAGAGAUUGUGAAAAGGUGCAAGGGGUUGCCUCUUGUUGCAAAGACGUUGGGAAGCCUCAUGCGAAAUAAGAACAAGAUUCAGGAAUGGCGAGCGAUUUUAAAUAGUAAGAUAUGGGAAUUGAAAGUGAUUGAACAUGAAGUAUUUCAGCCUUUGCUACUAAGUUAUUAUGAUUUGGAUCCACCACUCAGACUUUGUCUUUUGUACUGCAUUAUAUAUCCAAAAGAUUGUGUGUACUAUAAGAGUAAUUUGGUUGAGUUGUGGAUGUCACAAGACUAUCUGAAUGCCAAAGGAUGUGAAAACAAAGAAAUAAUAGGUCAAGCUUAUUUCGAUGAUCUACUAAUGCGGUCAUUCUUUCAAGAUAUUGAGGUGGAUGAUGAAAACGGAGACAUCAGAUGCAAAAUUCAUGAUACUGUACAUGACUUUUUGCAAUAUUUGACAAAGAAUGAAUGUUUGAUUUUGGAUCUUGAGUUGGAUGCUAGUGACAAAUCAGAGGUGGCAAAUGAUAAAAUUCGUCAUUUGUCUGUGUUGCAUUACACCACGAGUGAUUCAUUCAUUUCAGUGGAAUCUAUUUUGCGCAAGUAUAAAAAGCUGCGUACACUGACAGUGGCAGACGUUACUAUCACUAGCUCAAUGUUUGAGUUGAUAGUACAAUUGAAAUGUCUGAGGACACUAGUUUUGCGUGUUGAGUGGGACUUUGAUCCCGAAUGUAUAGGCGGACUGAUACAUUUGAGGUAUUUUGCUUUAUGUGGUAGUACUAGAUUGAAGGAAUUACCAAGCGCCAUGAGCAGCUUAUACAAUUUGCAAACCUUGCGACUUGUUAAUUGCUUUCGUCUCACAAAAGUAGAUGUGAGAAGGCUGAUUAACUUGAGGCAUCUUUAUGUUGAAAGAUGUGAAGCUCGAGGGUCAAUCAUAGGGAUUGAGAAAUUAACACAUCUGCAGACACUAGAUGUGUUUCGUGUCGGAGGUUGUGAAGAUGUUAACAAGUUGGAAGAUCUGAAGGGCUUAAACCAGCUUCAACUGCAUCUUAUUAUUCAGAUUGAAGGAGCUGUAAAUAUGGUGGAGGAGAAUGCAGCAAUUAUGGUGAAUAAAGCUCACCUCGCGAAUUUGAGACUGGAGUUUCGGAAUAGGUUAGAGCAAAGAAAAAUCAUGGAUGGAUUAGAGCCGCAUGCAGCUUUGGAAUAUUUAACCAUCUGCGGUUAUAAAGGCAGCGUCUUCUCCGAUUGGUUGUCCUCCCUGCACCGCGUGAAAGUCCUCUCCCUUGAGGACUGCCCAAACUGUGAGAUUUUGCCUCCUUUAGGGAAACUGGCGUCCCUUGAAUCAUUGGUCAUUAGAGGUUUCCAUGGAGUCAAAAAGGUUGGAGUUGGGUUUUUGGGAGUAGAACAAGGACAGACCUCCUCGUCUUCUGUGUUCAUAUCAUUCCCCAACCUCAAACAACUCACCUUCCAUGACAUGGGGUCCUGGAAAGAGUGGGAAGGAGUGGAAGAGGAGACUUCUGACGAUGUUACAAUCAUGCCAUGCCUCCCUCACUUGACCAUUUCUAGCUGCUACGAUUUAGAAACACUGCCGGACUUCCUGCGCAACAAACCACUGCAGAAAAUGACCAUCAGAUCUUCUCCAAUUUUCCGAAGACUUUGGGAAGGAGAAGAUGAGGAGCGGGCCGAGAUUCCUCACUUUACUCCUUUGUUAUCUGAUGAUGCAUCUUCCUGUGAAGCUGAAGCUGACUACGAAUCUGAUUAUGUAUAUUCCUUGGAAGGUGAAGCUGACUUUGAAUCUGAUGAGGCUUCACCUUCUCUUGAAAGUUGAAACAAGCACAUUUCUCUAAUGCCGCAUUAUAUUUCAACACGGGAUGCAUCUCCAAAGGGAAGCCAAUACUGGAUGGGGGAAGGAACCAUCAAUUGAGCAUCAGGCAUUGUCUUUUUCCAACUUUCAGAUACAUCAGGGAUCAAGUUUGGUCUAUCCACAGGAGAUGAUGAUUCAUGGCCAUGUGAAUAGCUCGAGGGAUUGCUGGACUUCCAAUUCCAAUACCAGAUGAUCUUCAGUUCUUCACCACUAAGAUGUGAGCCACACCAGGCUACUUGUACUGCUUGUAUUGAAGCUGCAUGCAAUCGUCAGGGCAAUUAAAUUUGGGAAGCUGCAUAAGUACCAACUUGUAGAUCAUAUUAUAACUUGAAGCUGUUGGUUUUCAAGUUGGAGUUUUAGCACGUUACAGAAAGCGUUUUGGUUAGUUACAUAAACCAAUAUGAUGGAGCAUAGUCAAGAACAUAUGUGACAAUGAGCUAGAGAGGUCACAAACAGCGCCUAUUAGAGACAUGUACCUAAAACAUUGAAAGAAGCAUAACAGUACUUAAGUGUGUCAGCUCGAAUACCUUCCUGGUUGGUUAUCAAACUCUCCUAAUCAUCCUGCUGGAGGUGUACGCUUCUCAAAGAUUAUUUAUUUAUUUUUUAUGCUGUGCCCAAUCAUCUGAUGCUGGAAGUACAUUUCAGAAAGAUUGCAAGCACCCUUCUGUAUGGAAUUGGGAGUCUAGGCUGUAAGGUUCUUCUGGUUAAACUCCUGAAGACAAGAUAAACCCUCAGGCACUCUUCCAGUGUGAAAAAAUUCCAGAAUAAUUUAAAAGAAAUCUAUAGAAGAACAGAGCACCAAGCCACCAAGAUGAAGCAGUACAAUUAUUUAGGAUGGCCUUCGAGUUGAACAGCUGAUGGGAUGCUAAUACGUGGAACUGCUGUACUUCAGUACUUGUGACUUAAGGUGCAACUGCAUGCAGCUGGAUUUUCUGAGAAAAUGACUAUUCGCUUUGUGGAGGAUGAGAAUAACUAUCUGCCUAAAUUAACUUUCAGCCAGAUCUCACUUCCUGAUUAAUGUGAGAUAGUGAUAGACUAGCAUCAAAUCACCAUCAUCUUUGAACUGCCUUAGAGAUUCUGUACUCAUGCAGAGAGGAUAAGCACUAUAUCUCCCUUCACCACAGAAUCUUCCUUGUUUUAUGUCCGCCAAAUAAAGACAGCACGAUUUGAAUGAGUGAAGAACUGUUCACUAGCUUGUUGUCGAAGACAGAUACAUCAAGUCAUCAAUUGUUCCAGACAUGAAGGUCUUUUCCUAUCUGGGACAGUAUUUGUUUCACCAAGUACACUUCAUGUUUCAGCUGCAGAGGAUACGCCACAUCGAGGUCAUUUGGCUGCUUGUACUGCAUACAGCUAUUUUGAUCCAUUGCAUCAAGAGUUUCCUUAGAAGUUCAGUAUUAAGUCUCUACAUUGGAUCGGAGGUGACAAUCAUGAUCAGGCAGAGAGACAUGUUCUUGAAGCAGAAUCGAAGAUCUACCUGGUUGAUUGGGAAUUUGCGAUAUCCUUUUCCGUCUGACCGAUUCUUGAGCUUUAGUAUGUACCAAUUACAUCCACAUGCAGACAUUUUCAGACCAAAAGUCAUACAUCCACAUCGGCCAUGUAAUUUGCUGAAAAAUUGCCCUUUUGUAGUGAAUCUAGGCCUCAACUUUAUGUACCUCCCAAGUUGAAGCCGAGUCAAGUUCCUUAUCUAAGUUUUCCAAUAAAGCUCAA